AUGCCUCCGAGCGCACUGUUGGCGGCUAGCAUAACUAUCGUCUAUAAAAAUGACCUCAACCUCCAUCAGAGCUCUAAGCACGUAGCUGGAAUGUCAACUGGCGGGGUCAGGCCUAGAGGGUCGCUUGUUCAGGAAGCAACUACCAAGGAAGGUCCCAGAGGGGCUCUUGAUAAUGUAGGCAUGGUCAGGUCCAGAGGAUCGCAUGCUGAGUUUGAGGACAGGCCCAGAGGGUCGCCCAAUCUGCGUGACUCCAUAGUAGGUCUCAGAGAGGCUCAUGGCAGGCAUAUCCUUGAGGACGGACCCAGAGGGUCGCUUGAGAAGAACGGGCUCAAUCCUUGGAGGUUUGCUUUUCUAGCAGGCACACGACAUCGUCAGUAUGAGGUGAACACAGUCAAAUUUGAUCACAUGAGCCUCCAACAACGUCUAAGGUCAGGACGUCGACUUCAGUCAGUUCUAGUCCGCAACCUACCGCCUGCUCCCAAGAGUCACCGUGAAGUGGAAAAACAUCCUUUAGGUUGGUUAUUUAAGGAGGCUGAGAGAGAUCACCUUAAAAGUCAUAAUCCAUCUGGCUCUUGGACAACGGUGCCUAUCGGUAAGGCAAAAGGAAAGCAGAUUCUCAAUUGUAUGUGGGUAUAUAUCUAUAAGCAGGACAAGAAAGGUCGUCUAGUCAAGUGCAAGGCACGACUCAUGGUAAGAGGUGAUCAAGAGAAAAGAGAUGAUACAAGGGACACGUAUGCUGCUACUCUUGCUGCGAGAUCUUUUAGGAUAUUUAUGGCUAUUGCUGCGCACUUCAAUCUGGAACUUAAGCAAUAUGACACUGUCAAUGCCUUUGUUAAUGCCAUACUGGACGAAGAGAUCUUUAUGAGAAUGGCUCCUAGAUAUCGUGAGUCUGGAAAAAUAUAUCAACUGAACAAGGCUCUUUACAGAUUGCGUAGAUCACCACUUCUAUGGCAAAAGGAACUUACCAGCACCCUUAUAGAGUUAGUCAUGAACCAACUUCGUGCCAAAUACAAAAUAUCCGGAGGAGGAGACCUAGAGUGGUUCCUAGGUAUAAGAGUUAUACGGGAUCAAAGUAAUAAGGUGAUCUGGCUCAGUCAAGCCACCUAUAUUGAUAAAAUUGCGAAGUUAGCCGACACUCGACAAACUGACGACACACCAAUGGCUUGA